CUCCCUCUCCCACUCCCCCUGCUUGUGUUCCCUCUCUCGCUGUGUCUCUCUCUGUCAAAUAAAUAAAUAAAAUCUUAAAAAAUAAAUAAAUAAAAAAUAAAACAUAGUAGUGCGGGCGCAGGGAUAAACAAGAGAACAAUGGAACAGAACGUCGGAAAUCAGAGCCAUGCAGAUGGGGACGCUUGACUUAGGAUAGAGAUGGUUCCACCUAGCAGUGGGGAAAUCGACUAAAUAAUGCAGCUGGGAUCAUUAUCUACACAGUAUUCAUUGAAACAAAUGACCGGGCGGGCUGUGACUAACGAGGAUAUACAGGAUCCUUCUUUAAAGUACCCACUUUAUCUUGGGACACGAGAUACAAGUAGUAUUCUUUCGGCGUGGAGCGCGGUUGCCAGUAUCUGGUCCACGACCGUUUCCGGUCACGAAGCACACAUCCUCAUGUCGUCUCUCCUCCUUUAGAUCCACUUCUACUUUCCUAAUCCCCGUUUUCUCAAACGUGCCGCCAGCGUCCUCGCCGCACCCCCGUUCCCUGCCCCGAGGUCCGCUCUUCGCUGUACGGAUCCAGACCUUCCCAAUAUGGCUGCGCCCACCGAGCGGCUUCCAAAGGGCGACGAGACCGAGCGGGCGCAACCAUUUCCGGCUCAGGCCUGGUCUGUGAUUGGCUUAGCGCUCCGCUCCGGUCGAAGACUAGGCGAGAGCGAUGAAGUCCUACUAAGCAUGCGCGACGGUGCUGACAGCCGCUGCCAAGGUGGACGAACCGGAGAUGGUAAGUCUUGAAAAGAAGAGAAAGGAGGGGCAGGAUUUGCACCUUUCUGGUAUGGCCGGCCAGCUCCGGUCGCCUAGCGUGGCCACCUCGCUCUCCGUACGGCGCUCGAUCCAAGAUGGCGGCGCACGGUCCACAAUGGCCGCUACCCCAGCAUCGCAACGAAAUCGACGCGGCGAUGUCGCCCAAGGACAAAAUUCUAACCAGGGCCAGAAUGAGGGUUUGUGGAUUGAUUGUUCACUCCAAAGUGCCACUGAUUCCGAGACACAGGCCCCAAACCGGAUGAGCGGAAGCGGAAGUGGCGUACCGAAGCUUGGAUUCCCACGGCGUAAGGUCACAGAUUCGCGGUCCAGAUGCUGGCUUCCUAGAAUGAGGCACUUCCUAUAAAGGACAAAGUAGAUCUCAAGUCUAGAAGUUCAUCCUUGCUGAGGAUACCCUUGAUGAGACACCUGAAUGCUGAAAAUGACCAAGUCCCAGGGCUUGUUGUCAUUCAGUGAUGUGGCUGUGGAUUUCACCUGGGAGGAAUGGCAGCUACUAGAUACUGUUCAGAGGAACCUCUACCGGGAUGUGAUGUUGGAAAAUUAUAGCAACCUAAUGUCUUUGGAAAGACCCCUUCAAUGUUUCUCAAGAGGAAUACAUUUGAAACAAAAGUCAGAUUCAAAAUUUCAGAGUAAAAACUAUGCAGAAAUGAAUUCUGUUGAAUUAAACAGCCAUGGGAAACCAUUUUUCCAUACUCUACAUGAAACCGGCCAUAUUCAGGCCCAGUACAGUGAACAUAAUUUGUGUGUGAAGACCUUCAGCAUGGUGAAAAAUCUUAAAAGACAUCAUAGAAUUCACACAGAAGGGAAACCUUAUGAAUGUAGUGAGUGCCCAAAAUCCUUCAGGUAUAAGUCAAAGCUCAUAAUACACCAGAGAACUCAUACAGGAGAGAAGCCGUACAGAUGCCCUGAAUGUCAGAAAGCUUUCAGUACAAAAUGUCAUCUCACUCUACACCAGAGAACUCAUACAGGAGAGAAACCUUAUGGAUGUAUUGAGUGUCCGAAAUCUUUCAGAACAAAGUAUCAUCUCAUUCUACACCACAGGACUCAUACAGGAGAGAAACCCUAUGAGUGCAAAGAGUGUGGAAAAGCUUACAGGGAGAAGACAAAGCUCAGAUUGCAUUGCAGAACACAUACAGGAGAGAAACCUUUUGAGUGUAGUGACUGUGGGAAAGGUUUUAUGCAGAAGUCAAACCUGAUUAUCCAUCAAAGAACUCAUACAGGAGAUAGACCCUAUGGCUGUAGACAAUGUGAAAAGACCUUCUGUAGUAAGUCUCAGCUUGUUGUUCACCAGCGAACUCAUACAGGAGAAAAAUCGUAUGAAUGCAAGGAAUGUGGGAAAGCCUUCAAUAAAAACUCACAUCUCCUGACACAUCAGAGAAUUCAUAGAGGAGAGAAACCUUAUGAAUGCAGUGAGUGUGGAAAAGCUUUUGUAUACACAUCACAGCUUAUUGUACAUCAGAGAAAUCAUACAGGAAGAAAACCUUAUGAAUGCAAGGAGUGUGGGAAAACCUUCAAUAAAAAGUCACACUUCAUAACACAUCAGAGAAUCCAUACAGGAGAGAAGCCUUAUGAAUGCAGUGAAUGUGGAAAAGCUUUUAUAGACAAUUCACAGCUUAUUGUUCAUCGAAGAACUCACACAGGAGAGAAACCUUAUGAAUGCAAGGAAUGUGGGAAAGCCUUUAAUAAAAAGUCGUCCCUCAUAACACAUCAGAGAAUUCAUACAGGAGAGAAGCCUUAUGAAUGCAGUGAAUGUGGAAAAGCUUUUAUAGACAAGUCACAUCUCAUUGUCCAUCAGCGAACUCAUACGGGAGAGAAGCCCUAUGAAUGCAGUGAAUGUGGAAAAGCUUUCAUACGAAAGGCAAUGCUCAUUGUCCAUCAGAGAACACAUACAGGAGAGAAACCCUUUGUAUGUCUUGAAUGCCAAAAAGCCUUUAGCAGUAUGGCAAUGCUCAGUAGACAUCAGUUGAUUCAUACAGGAGAGAGACCCCAUGGAUGCAAUGAAUGUGGAAAAGCUUUCCGCCAAAAAAGCCAUCUCAUUAUCCAUCAACGGUGCCAUACCGGAGAGAAACCCUAUGGAUGUGUUCCAUGUGGUCAGAUCUUCAACCAGAAGUCCCAGCUCAUUAGACAUCAGAGACGCCACACAGGAGAGAAACCGUAUCAGUGCACUCAGUGUGGAAAAGCCUUUUUUGAGAAAUCAUACCUCAGUGUCCAUCAGAGAAGUCACGCAGGACAGAAACCUUAUCAGUGUAAUGAGUGUGGGAAAACAUUCUCUGUCAAGUUCUUUCUUACCUCACAUGAGGAAAUUCAUACAGGAAAGAAAUCUCAGGAACACACUGAGCACUGUAAAGACUUUAGUGAGAUGUCAGAUCUCACUGAAUACAAGAGAAAUCACCCAAGACACACUCUAUGAAUGCUGUGAAAGUUAGGAUACUUUUGGUUGGUGUCAGUUUCAGAAAACUUAUCCAGGAGAGAGAUCUUUUAAGUGCAGUGAAUAUAAGAAAAUUACCUACCACUAGUGUAGCCUCAUUUCAUUGGAGAAAGGCAUAUGAAUGAGAUGAAAAGUCAAAAUCUUUUCUUGACAUGUGAAAUCCCAUUAUACAUCACACAGAAGUGAAACCUGAGUGCAACAGAUGUUUUUGAUGGGUCAUCCUCUAAUAGUUUUCACCAAGGGAAAAAAAAACAACAACUCACAAAUGUUGUGAAUCCUGGAAUACUUUCCAAACAGAUGAGCUUUCACACCAAAGAAAAUAGAAGACUGAAGACUUGCAAUGAGGAAUGCCUCUGGCAUGAAGUCUAAACUUAAUAUGCAUCAGAUAACACUUAAGGAGAAGUAGUAUGGUGUAAUGAUGCUGGGAAAGGUUGCUUACAUAUAAACUUUAUAACAAAAAUUUCGUUCCUGUCCAUUGCCAUUUAUUUAUGGAAAAUAUAACAUGAAGUAGUCAGAGCAAAUAACUUCGGUAUGCCAAAGGACACUUUGUUUCAUGUUUGAAUAUAUUGGAUAGUCAAAACAGUAAGUUAAGAAUGGUCCAAGAUGAAUGUAUUUGUUUUGUGUCUGAGUAUUUUUGUAGUACAUGUAUACAGUAAUCUUCAGGUUUCAUAAGAUCAUGAAAGAAAGUUGUAUACCACAAAAUUGUUUGUAAUGUGUAGUAUCCAUCAAGAAAUGCCAACAUUGUACAUUUUUUAAUAUAUAAAUUGCAAGGGAAGUAUUUAGGCUUAAGAUUAUGAGCUUUUUAAAAAUUCUUUACUGGUUUACAUAGUGGAUCUGGUAAUAAUUUUAGCCCUUUGGA